AUGGCAGACCAGUGCAUCGUCUGUCUGGAAAACCUGGACAGUGCAAUCCCCCUUCCGCAAUUGCAGCGGGAGCUGGAAGUGGAGGAGGGCGAUCAUGGCGGCGGCCUAGGAGCGGGUGGUGGUGGUGCAGCACCACCACCACCAGCCAAGAGCACCUCUGACGUCUCCCUGGCAGACCUGCCCGUUGCAGCAGCCGGAGCCACCCUCACUCUGUCCGCGCAAAGCAAGGACAAAACACCAGAAACAACAGACCUGAACAGCAAAAAAGAUGACGCCGAUGACAACGAUAACAGCAUUGCAAUCAUCCAGGUCUGCGGCCACAUCCUGCACGACUCGUGCCUCAAGGCGUGGACCGUCAAGGCGAACAGCUGCCCCAUCUGCCGCCAGACCUUUCAUUCCGUCCAAGUAUACGAUCAGAUUGGAGGAACCCUCCUGAACACCUACGAAGUCGAAGAUAAGAAACAGGUUGCCGAAUUCGAUCCCCUCGCUUGGCUCGACGAGAACCCCGAGGAAGAAGAACAAGUCACGCCUUGCCCCGUCUGCAACACAGCAGAGAAUGAAGAGGUCCUCCUCCUCUGUGAUGGGUGUGACACACCAUAUCACACACACUGCAUCGGCCUGGAAGACGUCCCCGAUGGCUCUUGGUUCUGCAUGGAGUGUGCACACCAGCUCGGUCAGGCCAUAGAGGAGUCUCUUCCUGCCUUUGCCCGGGCUCCUGGCCGAAGAGGCCGUCGCACUGGAUUCUUCCCCCGCACACGCGGUAGCAUGCGGAAUGAGAGGAAUAGAGGUCGUACUGACGGCUGGCUCGGUGCAUGGGGUGAGGUCUCGGGCCACAUCCUUGGCAACUCUGGUAUCGAUGUCGACUUCCACGAGGCAGACGAUGAUCUCGCCGAGUACCGAAGAUCACAACAAAUGCGGGAGAGGGAGAGACGUGAGUGGCAGCGAUGGCAGCAACGACUCAGCAUAGCGAGCCGGCUCGGAGCUCGAGACGUCUUUGCUCGUAAUAUCCAGGAUGUGGUGGACCAACAGGUCGCACCUCAGCCCGAGCCAUUACCUCCGCGCGAGGAGACCCGCGAGGAACGAUUAGCUUGGAGUGCCAUGGAGAAAGCCCGAGAUGCCACUCCAAACGGCCGGAAAAGGAAGUCCAGAUCCACCACAGCAUCUCCACAAGAGCCUGCCCCAGAACCCGAACGACGGCUCAAACGCCCACGAACCAGGCGGAAUCCCUUACAAGCUGAGGCUGGGCCGUCAAGGGCAGGUUCUGCAUCUUCCAGCAUAAACAACAACACCAAUAACAAUAAUCAGCGAGAGGUGAACGGGGGUCCAUUGGAAGCCCGCUCCCCACCUGCGACAGAGGGGCAGCCAACCUUCCUUUCUUCGCUCUUGAGGGAGGUCGAGAUGACCGUCCCAAACGACGAUGACACAAUCCGUGGCCUGUUUGGAGUUCCGCAGUCAGUCGACCCAUCAUCACCAGUCAGCUCACCAUCGGCAUCCGCUCGCAAUAGUCCUCGGGCACUAUCUCUCACGCCCCCACCGCAGCCCCCUCUCAAUGGAGCUUUCAGGUCGGCCUCACGGUCACCGGUCUUGUCCCUGAGCUCGCAUAUCGAGCCACUGUACCCGCCAGCGAACUACUCGCCAACGAGAUCGAAUGGAGAGAGCAGCGACUCGGAAAGUCGUCCAAUUAAUGGGCAUCGGAAUGGAUCACCGGAGCUGAGACAGCCUCGACCCCGACGGCAACACGAGAUCCGAUUGCCCCGCGCAGAGGACACAUCGCCAACACGGCAGCCAUUGCCGUUGGAGAUCAAAGAAAGCAUCAGCCGGGUGGUGCGCAAUGCACUCAAGCCACACUGGCCGGUGGACCGCUCCAAGCGCACACUCUCGUCGGACCAGUACGCCACCAUCAAUCGCAAGGUGUCCCACAAGAUUUACGAAGAGGUGUCGGACCCAACGGCGGUUGAUGACGAAGCCAGACGGGCCUGGGAGAAGAUAGCAACCAAAGAGGUGGCUCGCGCGGUGGCUGAACUCAAGACCUGA